CCGUGCUGCGCUGCCGUCCCUGUGUCGUUGAUAUGUGAAUCCCCCAGGCUGCAACCUGCUGGCCCAAGCCAAGUCAGGUCACUCGAGGGUUAAGGUGGCACCAACGCGGACAAAUACAGCCAACACCUCGAGUACCAAGAGUCAUCAUGGGAUCUGACUCAGACAACCCGGAGUUAGUACGUAAGGCACUGGAGCAAGAUGAUAAAGAUCAAUUAAUGGAACUAGGAGAUCUCACAAUCAUUGAUGUGCUUGAGAAAAAUGACAGCAUCUCUCUGCACUUACCUGUCGAACUUGGAGCAGAAAGAUGCCUCGACCACUUGCUCGGUGUCGUAAAGAAUCAACAAAACUCCCAGAGGUACUUAGAGAUGCCUAACAAUGACGGAGAGACGCCUCUGCUGACAGCAGUGAAAUAUGCACAACCUAGAGCACUGAAAAAACUACUCGUUGCUGGAGCCAACAUCAAUGCGCGCGAUGAUAACGGCAAGGGGGUGUUGCACCACCUGGUGCUGAAGUUUUUUGAGGACCCUAUGCAGACAGAGAAGCAGCAGCAGGAGACAGAGGAACAACAGUCCUUGACGGAGGUGGUGGUCGUCCCUUCGCAGAAAGAGAAGCAGCAGCAGCAGCAGGCAGAGGAGCAACAGCCCCUGCUGGAAAUGGUAGUCGACCCUCCGCAGACAGAGAAUCAGCAGCAGCAAUCAGGGAAGCAGCAGCCCUUGGUGGAGAUGGUGGACCUGCUGUUCUCUCACCUUCAUGUCGAGAACCUGGACGUAGAGCCCCAUGCUGGCUGUUUGGCCGAGACCCCGCUAGUUUUAGCUGCCCGCAGGCUGCAGAAUGGGAAUGAACCUCCCGACCUCCUCAAACUUCUGAAAAAGCUGAUGGAAAAGGGUGCUUCGCUGCCUAAGAAUGACUUCAACGACGCAUUGAGACAGAAGCUGGGGAAUCCUCCUACGAGGUCACCUUCAAGGAGCAAGGCGGCCCAGGUAGUUGACGUGAUUUUCAUGGACAGGAGUGGGAAAGAGUUGGAACAGGUGUUGAAAGGAGAGGAAAAUAAUGGAGAUACUGGAUCUCGUGAAGUAUCGAACCCCGUGAAACAGCGAAUAGGCAGAAAAAGUCUGCUGUUUUACGCCGUGGACGCUAGGAACAGCUCUGCGGUGGAGGUGUUGAUGGAGUUUGGCGCCGAUCCCAGGGAGAAAGAGAUCUGCUGGGACGAGCUGCCCCUCCACCGCGCCGCUGCCAAGGGUCACGUUGGCAUCUUCACCAUGCUUCUGGAGAAAAUGAAGGAUCUCGAAGACCCCGUCAACCUAGAGAGGUACACAAACAGCCUUGUCCUCAAGCUGUUGGAUAAAAAUAAUGACAGGAAAGCUGAGGGUGUGGACCACAUGAAGUGCUUCCAUCUUUUGUUACAAAAAGACGUCAAACUGGAUGUUAACCAGAUGUGCUUUGGUAAGACGCCGCUGCGCUUGGCGGCUGAAUUCAACAAUGAGGAGGUGAUGUUAGAACUGCUGCGGGCCGGUGCUUUCCUUGGAACCAGACAGGAGUUAGAAAAGGACGGCUGCACCCUCUGGGACAUCAUGCCACAAGGAAUUCUGCCGCGAGCCAUGGACAGAUUGAUCACACAGGAGGGAAGAGGCGAGGCGACGGAGGACGUGUUCAACAAAGACUGCACGCUACGCCUUGACUAUCGCUUUCUUAUUCCACCACAACAGGGAGGUGACAGCAACCAAGGUGAGCCGGUGAACGAGGUGGAGACGCUGAUGGAGAUAUGCCAAAGUCGGAAGCACCGUGACGCCAUCACACACCCACUGGUAAAGACCCUAAUGCAAGCCAAGUGGAACAAGGCUAAGCUGCUCCACUACAUUAACGUGGCCUCUUGCUUCACCUUCGUGAUGCUGCUGAGUGUAUUUGUAAGCUGUCUAGGACACCUGGAGGAGAUGGAGGCGGGGCUAUCAAUGGUCAUCCUACACAACAACUAUUAUGCUGAUCUAAAAGCCAGCACAGAGAGUACGCGAACCACAGUGAACGUGAUGAAGGGGCUGUUAGGACUCGGCUGUCUGAUGAUGUUUGUGCGCGAGGGAUUUCAGAUUAAAUCUCUCGGAAAGCGUUACCUCAAGAACAUUGACAACGUCCUUGAUUUACACAUUCCAUUAAUGGUGUUGCUUUUGAUCUUCCUGCCGGUGAACUUCACGCGCCACUUUGCUGCUUGGGUCAUAAUCUUCGCCUGGUUGGAGUUCAUGCUGAUGGUGGGCCGCGCGCCGGUAUUCGCCCUCUACAGUAUAAUGCUGCGUCAUGUCUUCUGGAAUUACCUGAAGCUGAUGCCGCUCUUCAUUUCCCUCAUCAUUGGCUUCACCAUGAGCUUCACCCUCAUCCUCCAACGCUACUACGAACAUGAGUAUCAAAAUGGAACUGGAAGCUUCUGGGAGAUGUUCCCCAAGACGAUCUCAAUGUCGAUGGGCGAGCUUGAUUACUCUUCCUUAAGUAAAGAGUUCCCCAUAACAGUGGCGACGAGGAUCUCCGCUGUUCUCGUGUUCCUCGUGUUCGUCUUUGUCAUCAUCAUGGUGACGAUGAACGUGAUGAAUGGCGUGGCCGUGAACCGCACGCAGAAAGUGGAGCAUGAUGCCAAGUUGCACAACCUCAUGUCGCACCUCGAACUGGUCUUCAUGGCGGAGACCUUCAAACUGCAGUGGCCACGCCUGAAUUUCUUCCUGGACAACAUACAGUUCCUGUCGGGAUCCAACAAUGCUUCCUAUCUUCUGGCCGAGAUCAACAAGGAUCCUAGGCGCCUCCUGCAGGGCACCACAGGCCAGUGCCUCAUUAGGCUGGACAAGGACACAGCGGAGUCCCUGAGGUGCUCCAGGCUACGGAGACUUGAGGAACAGGAGACUCAGAGGGUACUCGAGGAAGAGAAGAGUCGGAAGCUUGAGGAGUCCGUGGCGGAGCUCAAAGCCAUGGUGCACGAUCUUACCAGCAAACUGACACACGUGUAGGCUGCUGCCUUGCAUCCUAAACAAUAAUGCCAUCGGACUGUCCACGGAGGAAGGGAGGGAGGCAGGGCAGCCCAGGCCAGCAAGCUGCCCACGAAGAGAGGGAGGGAAGGCAGCCCAGACCAGAGGGCUGCCCAGGGACAGUCCAGAGCCACAGGAAAUAUCACUAUCACCUCUGCUAUGCGCUCAGCACAGAGACGAGUCUAUGACACACGAAAGAGUAGUCAUUUCAAGGAAAAUCAGAAUAAUACCUCCUCAGGUCACCAAAGUUAGCAGAGACAAAACACCAGAGGCACCUCUGCUUUCGGGGAUCCUGAGGAGGGAUUUGAGCGACAGAACGAAAUAGAGAUAUAAGGUUGAGAUUGGAAGGGCCUGACGGAGAAGACAGGGCGGUGUCAUGGGACAAAAAGUAAAAAGACAAAAUCAAAUCAUAAUAUAAGACAGCACCAUUCUGCAGCGAUCACACACACACACAAAAAAAAAAAAAAAAAAAAGAAACGAUAGCGUCUUAAAUUAGAAUAUUUUUGGAACUGUAAAUAAAAUCUUGCACAGUAUAUACUAUUGAGACCAAUGGGAACUUGACAAAAA